GCCACAGUGGAGGUUUGGUACGGACCAGACACAGACCAGGUGAGAGUGACAAAACCAGCAAACACUGUGGUAGCGGAGGACCGUGACCUGACCUUAACAUGUAAAACCUUGACCUCCGUGUCUCCUGGCGUGACCUUCACCUGGGACUACAGUGACGGGUCGGACAUUACAGGAGGAAGUACAGGAUCUGUGACAAAAUCACCGAGUACCACGUGGUCACAGACUCGGGACAUUCCGUCCUGUCAGGAGCAAGCCAGAUGUCAGAUGCAGUGUGAGAAACACCAGGACAGCAGUGGUCGUCAACAAGACUCUGUCACUCGGGGAUGUCAAGUACCCACCUCCAGGCCGCCCUACAGUCCAGGAUUUCACCUCUGUGAUGUAUGCUGGAGUCCAAAAGACCAUCCGGUGCACAGUGACGGGGGCAAUCCUCUGGCCGACAUCACGUGGUCCUGUUACAACACCAGCAACACCGACAGUGAGUCCAGCAGCGGGGGAACCAAGACAUCCUCACUCACCUUUCUGGUCACUAAACUCCAGAACUCCAGACGGUGUCAGUGUCAAGCAACGUGGAUAUAUGGAGGAUACGAUGAGACUGUGACACAGACAUUUACUGUGUAUUAUCCACCCGACAAACCCACCACAACCAACCCUGGUACUCUGUGUCAAGGAAGGGCUACAUCACUGACCUGCUCCUCGUCCCCUGACCACGGCAACCCUCCGGCCACCUUCUACUGGACAAAGAACAGCAUAGCAGUCCACACAGGCAGCUCCUACACUUUCUCUCCAGUGAAGGCCGACAACGGAGCUGACAUCAGAUGUGCUGCUGGUAACACCUACACCGACAGAGCCGGGUCCUCACGUCCACAGUCAAAUGCCAGGCAGCUCAGUGUAUAUUAUGUGGGAGCACCAUCAAUUACUCCAGCUGCCACACAGACCAGGAAAGAAGGAGAGAGCCUGGUUCUCUCACAUGUUCAGUUGAUGUACGCAACAAGACUAGGCGGUGACGUGAUUGUGUCUGUGUCAGUCCUGGCCUACCCCCUUCCUUCAUUCACCUGGAGUAGAUCCAUCAGCACCAGCCAGGACCUCACUGGUUCCUCCAGCCCUGUCUCAGACAUCUCAGUCACUGCCAGACUACACCUUACUAACCUCCAGGAACAGGACUUCGGGGACUACAGUCUUACAGUGGACAAUGGAGUUGGCGAGUCAGUGACAUACACAGUCAACAUAGUGCCUUCAGUUGGCGAGUGUGGGCAUGAGAGACGCCAGGAAUGA